AUGUUAGAUGCCCUUAAUAGCCUUCUCCAGAGCAUCCAGCUCGCUCCCCACGAGUGCCGUGUGAAAGAAUACCUCGAAGCAGCCACCAGAGAAAGACCUUCGAAGAGUACUCAAACCUCUCAACCACCCUUUGUACUGGGCCUCGCAUGGUUCGGAGAAGACCUGGACGGUAAAGAUGUUCUGGCGUCUGUAGCGGCCUACGCCGCGGUCUUGUCCACGACUUUCUUCCGACUCUACCGAGCUAUUAGAGGAAACGCUAUUGGUGAUAUCAUUCGACAAGCCGGGACGUCAAAGUACAUGUUGUUGUAUCUCAUCCUAGGCGGCAUCGCGACCAUCACCAUCACGAUGCCCACGCCCUACCAGUAUGUCUCGGCUAUCACAGCGGCCGAUAAUGGCACGGCGUUUGAGAAAUGGGCGGGCACGCCCGCUCCGGGGGUCAUGACCGAAGGGCCGCCGCCCGCAGUUGGCGUGUACAUGGACGAUGGCCGAGAUGAACAGUACAACUACACUCUCCUGUCAGAUAAUACUCUCAGUAUCUGA